AUGAAACCCCCAGAAGCUUCGUCGCCGGUGUUUGCUACUUUGGAUCCCACAGUGCUGGACACGGAAAUGAAUGGCAUGUACCAGGAUGGCGAGAUGGGAUUCAUGAACGGCGGCGAUUAUCAGCACAUAACACAUGAUGCUGGAAGGGAGUUCGACGACAUAUUUGCCCGCUCACCUCAGACUACCGACAAUAGUGGACUAUAUGUAUCCCCUUCCGAGGUCUCUUUCAAACGGCAACAGCAGAAUUCCAACUCUCUCAAACGCCCCCUAGCCUUUUCUUUCGACUCCCCGUCGGACUCGGUAGGCGACAAUUCGAGUCCUGGUUCGUCCACAGAGUCUUCCAGGGACCAUGCUCGUAAUUCCUCCGUCGGCUCAGCUGUACACAGUGACGGUGCGAUCAAGUUUGAAAAUGAGGAAUGGCAAGCAUUUACAAUGAACAAAGACAAUCUGUUCGGCAUGGAUACCGACUUCAGUGGCUUCGACUUGAAAUAUACCGAUAUCGAAUCCAGCAACAGGGUGAUGGACUCGGCGUUCGACUUUGAUAGCGCAGCCAGCAGUCCUAUGCCACCAAACAAUGCCUCUCAGGCAAUCAAAAAGCAAAAGAACUCAACUAAACAAGUCAUGACACAUGGCUCGCCGCUCUUUCCUACCAGCUCCAGAGAAGCGUCUCCGAUGACACAGAGGCUACAUCCUAAUACGCAAUCUAUUUCCUCAUCGCAAUGGAGCGGUCGCUCGCCUUCUUCGGUUACAGACGAUAUUUCUGGAACGGUGGCCAAUGCUACCUUCGCACAUAAUGCAUCUUUGCUUUCAAAUGUGAACAUGAUAGGUCAAAACGAAGUACAAUUUGGAUUACCAGACUAUUCCAUGUCUCCAUUCUACGCCAAAUCAGUGGCUCGCGUUCCUUCUCGUCCAAUCUUGCAUGUGCACCCAACGUCUCUCAAAUCCCGGGUUGAAACACAAAUUCCGAUUCGACUUACUAUGUAUCCCCUUCCUGCUGGCGUGAAAAAGCUUCGCCUACCAACACAUACUAUUUCAAAACCCAAGUUCCUGGCAAAACCCGAAGUUGGUUGCUCCUCGGACAUCCUUGAGCUGCAUACGAGCCUCGUCUGUACGAGUGCGAUGCAAGAUAAGUCCAAAUUAGAAAGGGCUUACGCAAGAGCUCGCGGGGAAGUUGUCAAACGACGCACAUCCAUUGUUUCCGCCUCUACGGAUGAUAAUCAGGAAGACAAUGAAGACAAACCACUGGAAGGUGGCGAGGUCAAAAUCUGCCAAGGAUGUAUACAGCGUGAGAGGAAACGUGCUUCCAGGAAGAAACAGCGGAAACCUGGUGAAGACGAGCUUUUCCAAAAAGACGAGGACAAAAGAGUCAUUGUUUUCAAUACCAAUGAGAUCAAGGAAUGGCUGGAACCAGCUAAGGAGUCUACUGUCACAUACACCCCUCCGGGUGCAAUGCAAGUUGAGCUACCUAUGCGAAUAGCAUGCUACUGUCGGCAUCAAAAUGAGAAGAAUGGCUUUCAAGUCAUCUUCACGAUCAAGGAUUACCAGGGCAAUGUAAUCGCUCAGGCAAUGACCAAUUCGAUUAUGAUCACAGAUGAUCACAAGACCCAUGCAGCAGGUUCGAAUUCUGCAACUGCUCCUAGCAAUGCUCUGAGCGAGGGGACGCAGCUGCCUGGUACCAGCGUAUUCAUAUCUAAUUCUCCUCAAGAGUUGGCAAAGGCUCCGGUCGGUGGACAACAUCCGUUUCGUAUAUCUCCCAGUACAGAUUCUCAAGUGAUCUCGCAACAAAUGGCUGCUCAGUAUGCAACUACACCAGGAUCUUUCGCGAACAUGCCGCAGAAUAGCGUAACCUCAUCUACAUCGCUCACACCACGCAAUGGCUCUCGGCAGACAUCUCCGAUUGAGUACGCCGGUCCUUCAAGCAAACGUCGGAAGCACAGUAGCUCCGGCAAGCUACCGACGGGAUUAACCAUGACGAGGCUUGAUAGUCCUCAAGCGAACACUUCCACUAGUUCCACCGUGAAUGGUCAAGGACCCAACAGUCACGGAUAUUUCUCACCGACUGAAAGGCCUUUCGCUACGCCGAUUGGUGUCUCUGGUCCAUUCAGCAAUGGCCCGCCAACCCCAAACAACAACAACGAGAGCUCAUAUUUCAAUGCUGUCCAGCAAGCCCAAAGUUUGGAUAAUCUUGCUCAACACUUUUUGUCAACCCCUAGCUCGGCUCAUGCCAGUCGCCCAGGUUCACCAGGAUUAACUGCGUCGCGCAACGUCUUCGCUGAACCGACGCACAAUUCUUCCACUGGGCCAAAUCCCGUCAAUCAAGCUUGGCCUCACCUGACAAAUGCAGGAAAUCGUUUGCCAACCAUCAUUCACAAACUUGUACCCGCCGAAGGCUCAACAACCGGAGGGACAGAGGUCACGCUUCUGGGUAGUGGAUUUUAUCCAGGUAUGGAGGUCGUCUUCGGCGAUACCCUAGCUACGACAACGACUUUCUGGGGCGACAAGUGUCUGAACUGCUUGACACCGCCGGCUCUGCAACCUGGUCUUGUGCCGGUUGUCUUCAAACAUGAGCACCCUACCUUUGGUCAAGUGCCCCAAACACAACCAAUUCUUCCUAAGCAACAACACUUCUUCCGCUAUGUUGAUGAUCGCGAGCUUCAAAUGUACAGAUUGGCGCUGAGCAUUCUAGGUCAGAAAUUACGAAACCCUUCAGAUGCUUUUCAGACUGCUCAGCGGAUCAUGGGAGGUGAUCAGGUCGCCCUGUGGAACCUACAGAAUGAUAUUCAAGGAGGAAGCAGUGGGCAGCGGCAGAUCCCUAACCUGAACGUCCAAGGCCAGACGAAUGACCUGGACUCAAAGAUGCUUACCUUUUUAGAGUUCAUUGAUCUAGAUGAUAGCCCUCGUGCUCCAAGGUACAACUCGAAGUCAUCAAGUGGUCAAACUUUGUUACAUUUUGCUUCAUCAUUGGGCUUGACAAGAUUCGUGGCUGGACUUCUUGCCAGAGGCGCCAACCCAGAUGUCCAGGACAAGAAUGGCCAUACACCGAUGCACUUCGCUGCUCUGAGCGGACAUGCUCAUAUUGUUCACCGUCUCAGACUCGCGGGUGCCGAUGCCAUGACCAGAAGCAUACGAGGAUUCACCUCGGCCGAUAUCGCGACUUCAUUACCUGCUCAUCAGGCCGCACUUAUUCCUGCUCGUCAUUACCGGUCUCGCAGCGUCGGUUCUUCACCUUCUCUACGUCGUCGUCCGAGCAGUUCUGCUUCUUUGAACUCUUUCUGGGAAGCUUCUUCGGCAUCUGAAUCUUUCAAUCUCAUACAGGACCAGUCAGAUGAUGAAGAGGCGACCGAAUCAGAUGAGGAUGAGACCAAUGUUUUCAUCUCGUCACGACGCUCCAGUAUACACCAAGAUGCAGGACCUUCGCUAUUUUAUGCUCGUUCCCGCGAGGGCAGCGUCCACGUUGAUAGCGUCAAUCCGGAUGUCACACCAGACGAAGAGACAGUGGCCGGAGCUAAUGUGGCCCCGCCUGCUUCUCUAGUUGCAUGGCGCAACCAACUUGCAACUCAAAUCAACCAGUUUCAACAAAGCGUUGGCAGAGCAUUCCCUAACCUUCCUGCUCUUCCCCCAAUGCCACCAAUGCCUGCCAUGCCUACUAUGCCGGCCCUUCCUGAUUAUCAGGCGUAUCCUAUGAUGCGGCGCAUCAGCAAUCUUGUUCCUCAUAGACCCGGAUCCUCGUGGUCCUCCAAGGACGGAUGGUGGGAGAUGUUUACCGGAAACUCUUCACCAACUGCCGCUACUGAAACUGCGAAUGAGCCACCUGCGUACGACGAGUUGUACCCACAUCAAGAAGCUGACGAAGAUCGGGAUCUUGAGAUGAAAAAGAAUUCGCUACUUAUGGCAGCUACAGACGCAGCGCUUGAUCGGCACUUUGAAGAUCAUGCCGGCCCAUCUAACUCAAAUGGCGAGACAGAAUCAGAAGAGGAACUCACUGACAUCCGGAUUGGCCGCAAGACGGUGAUUUCUCGUCAGCAACAGGAGCAACUGAAGAAGCAACAAGCUCGUAAGAUGAAGGGACUACGAAAAGACAAGAAUCUUUUCUUCUUCUGGAUUCCAAUGUUGCUUCUCUUCCUAGGUCUCUGGCUUCGAAAUUUCGUGCCUGGUCUGUGGGAAGAUCCCUCCGGCCUCUUCUCAGACGUCCAAGCUAUCCUCGCGCCCAGACUGCCACUUAAGAAUCUUCAUUGGAAAUCUCCAACUCGACCCGCUCGUUCCAUCGAAUCGCUAAACAUUGACCUCGUCGCUACACACCCACCCGCAUCCUCAGACGAAAAGAGGUCAUCCAAUGACUCCACGCCAGGCGCAAGUGCGCCUCUUCGACGGCAUCAAAUCCCCGGUCUGCGACAGACGCCGUACCUACGGAUCUAUCUGCUGAAAUGCGACGAUAACGAGGUGUACAAAGCGUCGUCUCGGAAGUUGAUUCGGGACUGGAUCAAGACGCAUUCAUUCUCGUCACAGACCAGCAGCACUAGCACCAGCACCAGCGGAGCAGGAGUGGGAGGGCAGGAUAAUCACGAUGCGUGCGAAUGGUUAAUACUGCACGUCCUCCAGGAUGGCGACGUACCCGAAAAAGCGACCUCGAAAUGGCCCGGUCGAGGCUCAACAUCCGUCCUCGAAAAAGUCAAGGCUGAUUUUAACGGCUCAUCCAAGACGAGCGUCGAUAGAGUCGUGCAGAUCCGUCUUCCUAAGAGCACUGGCAGCAAUAAAUCGCAAGACCACGGUGAAUUCGUAGAUCAACUCAACGAUCUAGUCGACAAAAUCAAACAAGCGAUCCUAACAUCGUUCGAUUUACGGGUUACGCAGUAUGAGGAAGAUAUUCGUGAAAAGGAUUCGCAGCGAAGUCUACCCGGGUGGAAUUUUUGUACGUUUUUUAUAUUGAAGGAAGGGCUUGCAAGAGGGUUUGAGAAUGUGGGUCUGUUGGAGGAUGCACUAGUGGGAUAUGAUGAGCUUGCGGCUGGGUUAGAGAGUGCUGUUACUGAUUAUUUGGCGGGAACGGGGGAUCGGCAUGGUGGAAGUUUUUUGGAUUAUAGUGAGGAUAGUAAGGAGAAGGCGUUGAGUGCGCUGGAAGCGUCUAGGCAGCAGAAGACAACCCAGGACGAUGAGGAUGAUGAUUCUGGGGAGGCCGAGACUGAUACGUCUCUGGAUCUCGCUGAGGAGUAUUUCCCUCUCGACAGCUCAAAAAAACCGUACAGGGAAAUGAUUUUGGCGAACAACAUCUCUGUUUUUGAUUUCCGCGCCUAUGUCUUCUCACGACAGUUGAACCUGCUGCUCAAAGCUGCCAAAGCACCGUAUCUACAAGGCAAACAAGAUUCGGCCCCGACUGUUAAAGGUGCAGAUGAUCUCUCGUUACUCGCUGAAGUAUGUGACAGAGCGAUGGAAUUUAUCAUCAUGGCUGCGAGGACUCUUCGAUAUGACAUUGAACGCGCAUUGUCAGGAGUCACGGAGGAAAUGGAUGAUGCGCAGAAGACAGCUGUCAUAGAUGAUCUAGUCUCGUCAUGGACAUAUGCAGCGUCUUGUCAGAUUCUGUCUCAAACAUCGACGCCUUCACUUACUCUCUCGGAAUCAUCUCUACGAAAGACGGGCAGUGCCUUGACCUCACCUGCGGUACCAGCUGACUCCAGAGCAAAUAUCCCGAAAAGAUCCAGCUCGUUGAUUAGCGCGAGCACAGUUCCUGGCAAACAACCCCCAGCAAAUAAAACGGGGGUUGAAGAUCUCGCCUCGGGUAGAGGUGAACUGUAUCAGUUGGGAAGAGGGGUUCUUGAAGAGAUGGGCAAGCGACGCGGUUGGGCUCAUAGAUGGGGAGAUUUUGAUCUGCUUUUUGACGAAUCCAAUAUUCCCGGUGAUGAUAUGGAGGAUGUCUCGCUCGAUGACAGUGACGCGAAUGGAAUAGCUGAGAAAGCCAAGGACCCGGCUGCCGUGACUUAUUACGCCAACAAUCUAUCCUUGCCAAUUUUGCAGAAGUCCUUGCGGUCCAGAAAGAGUUUUUACGCUCUAUAUGAAAUAUUUACAGAUUACAUGUUCCGCCAUUACAUCUCUGCCAACCAAAUUCGUUCCUCUAAAGCGGCAAUGACAGAUAUUGCCGUCCUCCGAUUCCGUCAAAAAGACUACGAAAGUGCUGCCUACUUCUUCCGACAAAUAGCGCCGUUCUACGAGAGCAGCCAUUGGAUAUCGAUUGAAGGCGCAAUCUUGGAGCUGUAUACUCGAUGCUUGAAGGAGCUCGAUCGGAAUGAUGAAUAUGUGCGCCAUAUGCUAAGGCUUUUGUCACAGUAUGCUUCAUAUACUCAGUCCAGUCUCUCCCCUCGACAGAAAGCAUCCGUCGCUGCGUCUGAUACAAGCUUUGAGAGUAAUGUCGGUCCAUAUGUUGAGGAGCUGUUGCAGGCGUCGAAGGCUAUUACGAAGGAAGUGAAUGUUCCUUUGUCUAGCUUUUUUGGUGAUCUUGUGGUUGAUCCUGAGAUCAAGCAUUACGAGAACAAGGAUGGAUUUCAGAUGCAUAUUAGAUUGCGGUGCUUGUUGGAUAAGGAUAUAGUGGCUGAUUCGAUCAAAGUCAGGCUUGCUGGUGCGACUGGGACAAUUGCCAAUGAAGUUUGGCUAGAGAAUACGGGAGAUAUUACCAUAAAAUCGAAAACAACGAGGUUGUCGAUUGAUUCUUCGACAACCUUGCAAGGAAAGCUAUUCGUCGAUCGUAUUGAGAUUCGAGUUCAGAAUCUUGUGUUCACAUAUACUGGACACGGUAGCCCGGCAGGUCUUCCGCCUGGUUUCAGGGAGUCAGAACCCGAAGCAGAGACCCGUCCAUUCAUCUGGUGCUAUCCACCAUCACACGGUCUUGAAGCAAAGCUUGCAGCACCGCGUAUCAUUAACCUUGAGGAACUGCGGACCCUUGAGAUAGAGUUAAAUAGCGGACGCAAUAACAUAUCGAAAGGAUUGCUUAGGAUUCGUCCAGCAACUGCUGGUCUUCGACUACGAACGUCAGAGAUUACCGUUAUCGCAGGGGAUAUCGAGAUGACACCAAACACGGAAUCUGGAAGUAUCGACUUUACCAACCUUGCGCAAGACACUUUGAUCCGAUUCCGCAUUCCUUACACCGUGGAUGAAAACCAUACCAUGCUAUCUGCGAGACUUGAAGUCACCUAUGAGACUGAUGCUGGCCGGUUUACUUACAUAUCCACCAGUUCGAUCAUAUCCACGUUGCCCAUAAGCGUCAACGUGCAAGACAUCUUCAGAGACGACGUUCUCCUUUCUCGAUUUACGGUGAGCCCGGCGAUGCUAGUUCCGCUGCGGAUACUAGGCUGUGACAUUCCCGAAUCAGAUGUCUACGAAGUCCAAAGCGGUGUAAGAGGACCUCUAGCACUGGACGUAUUCCCCAAACAACCGGCAUCUAUAAUAUACAAAAUCAAGCCCAAGGGUGGCCGAGCGCCAGCGGUCAACGCGACUGCGAAACGCAAUUCGCAAAAGUUCAGCUCAGCUCUUGAGCAGAGUAAGUACAAGUCGUUGACGCGGCUGUUGACACCUCAUAUUGUGGAUGCUUUUCGUGAGCAAUUGUCGACGUCGGAUAUGGAGAGUAUAGGUUUGCUGAGGGAGAUGGAUAUGCUGGCUUACAAAGAUGUGCAUUGGGAUACGGUGCUGAGCGGACUUCGAGAGUCUCUUCGAAAAGAAGUUCGCAGCUGGUUGAUUAAAUGGCAUCAGGAGAACGUCGUAGUAGGCUUACCAGAAGACAAUGAAUCCGACCUCGCUCGCCACAUCGUCAUUCCCGUUGAAGUCCCCGAAAUUCAAGUCGUUCACACAGCCGAGCUCCGCCUAUCAACCACAGAUAACAAUACAAUCACCCACGCAGCUGUCGGUCAUAUGAUCCCCGCCGAGCUCAUCCUCCAUCAUACACGAAGAUGGUGCUCCCAACAGACCGAAACCCAAGACUCAGGCGGCCAGCUCGAAUUCGCCUACGAACUACACGUCAACCAAGACCAAUGGCUCAUCGGCGGCCGACGCAGAGGUCACUUCACCGCCACCGAGGGCGAAACCAAACGAUUCGCCAUAAUGCUUUUACCGCAGAAAGCAGGGCAUUUGUUGUUGCCAUCAAUUGAGAUGAAGACAUUCGUCGUCGGCGCGAGUUCUGCAACUGUCGGGGCGAACACAUCUACAACCGUGACUGCCGGCCCAGCACCCUCAUCAUCAGUCACAAGUCCCUCAUCCGCUACAACCACGAACAUAGCCUCUGCAGCGCCAUGGACGCACCAACAACGACGCCAAGUCCCCAACGAAGUCGACUACAAAAACCACGCCGAGACGAUCCUCGUACUUCCGGAUUUGCGGAAGACGACUGUCAGUUUAGAAUCUGGGAAUCCGGGAUUGAUUGAGUCUGAGGCUCGGGUUGCUGUAUGA